ACGCGUCUUGGAGCGCAAAAGUCGCGAUUGAUUGCGAACGUCAUCUUCGAUACUCUCAGCACAACCAUUCUUACGACACACAUUCCUCCGCUCCCCCCAGCUUUGACGUCACGAUCACCGCAAACGAACAGCACAAUGUCAGAAGUCCUCUGCGGCGUCUGCAACGCAGAGCCCAAGAAAUACAAGUGCCCGACUUGCGCGCUUCCAUAUUGUUCAUUAUUGUGCUUCAAAUCGCACAAAACAACACAUCCCGAUACCACGUCAGUCGCCCCAAAACCAGCAGGACCAGCUCUCCCACAACCACCUCCUCCCGCCCCAGUACCGCGCUACCUGAAGAAGCGGACCGACUUCUCUGUCUUAGCAACGAAUCCGAAAUUUCAAGAGCUACUCAAAACACAUCCAACACUACUCCCGUCACUCCAACGCGUAUACGCGAAGACCAUAAAACCAGAUCCCGAAGCUGAGAGGCGGCGGCGCAUGCUCGAACAGAACGCUUCCCGAGGAAGAGGCAUGAGGGGAAGGGGCCGGGGAGCCAGGAGAGGUGGACAUGGAGGUUGGAAUGGAGGGCAGGGGAAGGAAGAGAAAUGGACCCAGAAGAAGGGAGACAAAAACGCGAUGGAGGAGUUGAAGGGCAUAAGAGAAGGAGAGGGCAACGAGGGAGAGAAAGACGCCAUGGCCGAGUUUGUUGGGUUGGUCGAAGAACUCUUUGGGCAACAUGAGAAGGACGCGAUGGAAGAUGUUUGACGCUCAAGCCACAAACCCACGACAUCGCAACAACGUUUGAGAACGAAUUCGGGUACUGCAACAGCGAAAAAGAAUACAUA